UGUAUGUAUUCAGACAACGAGACAACCGAAGCCGGAAACUGGAAAGUGUGUAAUUCUUGGAAAAUACCCAGAAUGGUUCCAACCUGCGCUAAGCGUGUUUCAUUCUUUUGGACUAAUUUGAGGCUUGAUAAAACUUAUUAAAAUGGCCCAAGAAGUAGAACAAAUCAGUAACAAUGAUGAUUCUAAUCAAAUUUUUGAACCAUUGGCAGUUGAAAAAGCAUUAAUUCGUGAAGCCUUGCUUCUAAUUCCAAGGUCUGCUACUGCUAUUGAAGCAAACAGAAAGAAAAAUGCAGCUGAUUCUAUAAAAUACAGAAGAAAAGGAAAUGAACUUUACAGUAGUGAUUCUCACAGUAGUCAAAAACACACAGAAAUAUUAAAUCUCUAUUCCAGGAGCAUGGCUUUGGCUCCUACUGAUUCUGAAGAAUUAGCUUUUGCUUAUGGGAAUAGAGCAGCUUUAUUAUGCCAUAUAAAAAAGUAUGAAGAAUGCAUAAAAGAUUGCGAAAGAGCAUUAGAUAUAACAGUUUCUGAUUACCUGGAAGCUAAACUAUUGUGUCGUAAAGCUGAAUGCUUGGCUGCCUUGAAUGAGAAAAUGGCAAAAUAUGUUUGUGAAGAAGCUCUUAAAUUAUUGAAGCAGCUGACAUUAGACAAAGGAUUGAAGAGUCACUAUAUAGAAAAAUUGAAUAAUAUAAAAAACUCUUGUUUAAAUAAUGAAUUCAAAGAGAAUAAAGUUGACAUAGGGGAGGAGCAGAAAAUACCUCUAGAUUUUACAAGACAAAAAGAGGUUCCUUGCGCUUCUGAAGCUGUAACAAUAAAGUACAACAAAGAGUGGGGUAGACAUAUAGUUGCCACUCAAGACAUUGAGCCUGGAGAAAUAAUUGCGGUUGAAAAAAAUUAUUAUAGAUUCACUUUUACCCAACAAAUGUAUUGUCAUUGUUCCAACUGUGGCAAAUUUACUUGGUCUUCUAUUCCUUGCAAGCUUUGUAUUUAUGGUGUUUACUGUUCAGAAGAGUGCAGAACAGAAGCUUGGGAAAAAUUUCAUAAAUUUGAAUGUGAAAUCUAUCCACUAUUAUGGGACAUUGAUACAGAUAUUAAAGCUACACCAUGUUCUUUAAGAUUCCUGCUUAAAGCAAUUCAUGAAGUUGGUGGUGUUCAACAGUUGAGAAAAGCAUAUUUGGAUUUAGAAAAAAAUAAAGAUCAUCGCACAAAAGGAUUUUCAGCUGAUGGAGUUUUUCACAGUGACAGAUGUACCAGUGUAUUGAGUUUGACCGACUGUAGGGUUGAUCUUGAUUAUAUUGCUUCUGUUCCGCUAAAUGCUGCAGUUGCUUUAUAUUAUUUGGCUAGUAAUACAACAUUUUUUGGGAAAAAACUGGGUGUUUCUGCAAUUGAGCUUCUUAAUUUUGAAGAAGUUUGGGUUUUUGGAGCAUUGCUUAUAAAAAUAUUCUACCUUUUUCCUUGCAGUUAUACAAUGCAUUUUACAUACAACAAUGAAAUUGAAGUGUCUCAACCUGGUAUUAUUGUAAACCCAUUUUGCAGUCUUUUUAAUCAUAGUUGCGAUCCAAAUGUGAAUUUUAUUUAUUCCAAGAACAAUGAAAUAAUUGUAUAUGCUAGGUAUCCCAUUAAAAAAGGCGAACAGCUGUUCCACAGUUACUACUUAACUAAUUUUUUGGAAACGCCGAAAAAUGAGCGCCAAGCAUUUCUAUUAGAUGUUUAUCACUUUAAAUGUAAUUGUCAACCAUGCAAAGAAAAUUGGUCUGAUAUUUGUUUGCCAAAAUUAGAGGAUAUGAUUGGUGUUUUUGGUAUAACAGAUUUAUUAAUAAAAGUGCCAUCCUUAGAAACAUUGAGGCAAAACCUAUUUAUUGCUGAGAAAAUGCAAUGGUAUAGGUACAGCCCAGAAUCAUGGAAAACGCUUAAAAGCACAUUGAGUGUUAUGGCCGCUACAGUAUCAGUUCACUGUGAAGAAUAUGCAUUGUUUGAGCAAUGCAUGUAUAGAGCUUAUAGGGAGCUUUUCGGAUAUUGGGUCGUGAUACCUGAUACGUGCUAGCAUUUAAUGUCUUAACUUAUGUCUUAAAAUCUCUGAUUGAUAUCAAUAUAAAUAAUAGCUGUGUUACAUUUCUCAGUGAUAGAAAUUAGCCACCAAGUUUAGUUGAUAUUUGAAAUUUAUCAAACUAAAACCCUAUUAUUUAUUCUGAAAUUACUUGAUUUACCUUUAAAUAAUGAUGUACACUUUUCAAACGUUAAAAUUAGUACCUCGACGUACUAAAAAUCGUUUGAAACAGUUGAGUUUUAAAAAUUGACUGUAUUAUGAAUCUGAUGGUCUUAUGAAAAAUACGUGUCAACGUUCGAGUGAAAUAAAGAUUACUUCAGAGAAAA